CGUGUACCAGACAACGUCGUGAUCCUUCGACAGCUUCUUGCGCGAAGUCUCCUUCAGCUUCGCAGAUCGUUUCAUGCUCCAUCGAGGGCCAUAGAUAUCUGCCAUGGCGUCGAGUCUCCCUAUUCCUGCUCCUCCGAGGACACCUACCCCUCCAACCCCUAUUCCUGAAGAACCAGAGGAGCGAUUUGGGGGCAAUGGUGGAUCACAAACGAUGCGCUCGACGGUGACCUUCGAUCCGAAUUCUCUGUCUCCUAUGAGAGAUACGUUCCCCAACCGCUUCGGAACGAUACCUUCGCCGACCUCAUCCUCUUCGACCCUCCCAACACCUACCUUGAGUUCCAAUGGAAGAAUGGGACCUCCCCCGCCUCCUACGGGGCCGAGAGCUCCUUUUACGUACCAGACGCAAGCCAUAAAGGAUAAUCCAGUAGUGGCAAACUCAAACAUUGGCAAACGCAGAGGCCAUAGGUACAAACACAGCAGUGUGAGCGCACAGCAUCAGAUAUUCCUCGAACCGCCUCCGCGAGCCCCGCUUGCACUCCCCGCAUCACUCCCUAUCCCGACGAAGAGCGAAGCAUGGGCAAGCAGAUCGAAGGAACAAACUACACGGAUUGCCUGGUGCGCGUGCCACGUCCUCGUGGCUGUGUUUCUGUUCUUCACUUGUGGCUCUCUUGCUCUUACAGCCCUUUCCCACCUCGUCUUCUUCGAUGCCCUCUCAGCGAUCAUCUGUGUGGUCGUUGACAUCCUCAGCAACUUCGAAGUCUGGAAGCGAUCUUCUAUCCGACAUCCGUUUGGCCUCGAGCGAGCAGAAGUACUUGCCGGCUUCGCCAUGUCGAUCUUCCUUGUCUUUGGUGGAUUUGACUUGUUAUCGCACAAUUUGAAACACUUCCUUGAAGGCCUUGGCUCCCAUACACCCCACCAUCCACACUCACAUCAAAGAGUUUCCCCGGGCUCUGUCGACUUCGCGGCUCUACUCACAAUUAUUGCAACUCUCAUCUCAGGCAUUGGACUAAAGAAUCACGCAAGAAUAGGAAGGACAAUGCGCUUCGCAAUGAUCUCUAACCUCCCCUCCAUUCUCUCCAACCCCUCCCAUCUCUUAACACUAUCUUGCAGUACCGUCAUGCUUCUUCUCCCCCUUCUAACCACUACUGUCUACCUCUGGGCAGACAGAAUUCUUUGUACCCUCAUCGCAAUCAGCAUGUUCGUUCUUGGUGUCAAGCUUGGCACAACGCAAAGCCUCAUGCUCCUUGCGUCCUACUCCGGAAAGGGCGUCAAGGACGUCAUGAGAGAAAUACACACAGACCCUUGUGUCACGCACGUGGAGGAAGCUCGAUUCUGGCAAGUUCAUUACGGACUCUGCAUGGCGAACCUGAAGCUCCGAGUCAGAGGCGACGACGGACAACUCCAGCGACUGAGGGAGAGGAUAAACUACCUAGUAAAGAACAGACUAGGUGGCGGAUAUGGCAAAGGCUCUGCGGGUGUGAAGUGGGAAACUACGGUGCAGAUGACGGUGGACAAAUCAUGAUUGCGCACCUAGGAGAGGAGAUGUUCUUUGUACAUGUUUGAUUUUUUUUCGAACUGGGAUCAGUUCUUGUAUAUGGCAAUCGCAUUAUGGAGGAAACGACACACAGCUUACGAAAAUGAAGCGUACAUAUGAAAUCAAGAAUAAACAUCAAAC